GUUUUGUAAUAUGGUAUGAUGUGGUAGAGCAGCCGGCGUUGGUAGCCAAUGGGUGCGUGGUAGGCGGGUGGAGGAACAUACCAGCCUUCAUGGAUCCUGAAAUUUCCAUCCUCUAUAGCAGCCCAUGUCCUCAGGGACUUCCCCAGCAGAGAGUUAAAGUCCAGCUAUCCCCACUUUACCAGAGACGCCAGCUGCCUCCUCCACUAGAAGAAAGGAUUCUGUUGGAAUGGGAAGAACGAAAACAAAAGCAACCGUGGGUCUUUAAUGGAGCAAAGUUCAGGCUUCAUUCUGUUCAAACAGAUGAAGGAAAAAGAGGUAGAAAAUAUCAAGAGAGGCUUAAUGGAGAAACAGAUACAUUGGAAGAAAAAAGAAGUGAGGAUGAUGUUGAGAAAUUAAGGGACGACAUUGGCAACAAAUCAAAGGGAGGGCUCACCCUUCACCUUGCACUUACCUGCUACAGAGACUUUCUGGGCACCAACUGGUCAGGGGAUGUGACAUCUUUGCAAGAGAGGGGAGUGAGAGAGCAUGGAGACAUUGAGGCUUACCUGGCCCAACCAUUGGGAGUGGGAGCUGCUCUGCAAUGCGAGGAUGGAUGCUUUGUCUUCCUUAAGAGGAGUCAAAGAGUUGGAGAGGCACCUGGUCAGCUUGAUGUACCAGGAGGACACCCUGAGCCCAAGGCUGUCGCACCCAAUGUUCCUGAAGAAGAGCUAUCCCUGGAUGUUCUGAAACCAGAGUUGGUCAUCAGGGAGCUGUUUUCAUCCAUCCUUGCAGAAAUACGGGAUGAGGUUAACCUGCCCCUGUCUACCCUUAGCGACCCACUUCUUUUGGGCAUUGCCCGUAAUCAUACCAGUGCUGGCAGACCAAGUGCUGAAUUCUAUGUCAGGUGCAGCCUAAAUUCCGAAGAAGUACGGCAAAGAUAUCAGCAAGGGGGACCAGAAGCUCAUGAGUCUACAGAUAUUAUAUUUAUAGACAGAGAGGAAAUGUUGUCUCUUGAACACUCUGAAAUGUGGAAGGAGCUCUGCCCAUCAGCAAAAGGCUGUGUAAAACUUUAUCUCCUAGUUUGGGAGCAACAGUCUUGAUUAUUUUUAAAUUAGCCUUUUCUCAAAAUGGACAACAUCAAAACAGGACAGGGUGCUCUCAUCUUCCAGUAUGGAUUUUACACAAUUUGAUCUGGCUGUUGUCCUGCUUUGUUUUUGAGAUUUAAUAGGCUAAAAUGUCUGUAAAUAGUUUCAUGUUUAACUAAAGCUAAGUAGAAGUUGCAUUUUUACUCUUACACUAAGAAAAAUAUAUAUAUGAUUACAUUUUUUAGAGAUGUUUGCAUGUUAAUUUGUUUCAUAAAUAUGAGAACAUUUCAUGUUUCAAUAAAUUGGUUUGAUGCUGUGCAUCAAGUAUGUUUGUUUA